UGCUCGCCUUUCUCCUUCACCUCCAACCCCAAAAGACUAUGGCCGGCGCCGUCUCCCGCCUCAACCCCGUUGCGCCGCCGUACCUUCCGAUUCCGAUGGCACUCGCUCCCACCACGUGGUGCUAUCCCUCUUCUUUCUCGUACCCGCCGCCUCCGCCCCCAUUCCCACCGGCAUACGAGUGUCCUUUCGCCUACGGCGGCGACUGGUGCCACACUGGAGAAAUCCCGUUGGGGAUGCUCACGUUCCCGCUGCAGGCAGCAUAUGGGUACCCCGCGCCAUUGAUGGUGUACUGCUGCACGGCGCCACCACCGCCACCGCCACCGCAACCGCCGGCGGCGACCCGUUGUCGAAUCACCGAGAUCAACGAGGACGUAGGCGAGGUAGCGGCGAAGGAGGAGGUAAGGGACCAGCCUUCCCCGCGCUCCGUCCUCACUCCUUGGAGCAGGGAGCAGCCCACUUCUCCCCUGCCGCCGCGAGCGCCGCUUCUGCGUCCCCGGCCGCGUACGUCUUUCGCGGGCAAACCGCGCCGCCGGCAGUGGCCACGCCUCGCCUUCAAUCCCAAUGGCAACAACACGUCGCUGAUGAUUCGCAAUAUUCCCAACGGAUUCAUGAAGGGUCGAUUCAUGUCCAUCCUCGACCAGCACUGCGCGUUGGAGAACGCCAAGCUCGGCGGCGACGGCGACGGCGACGGCGACGGGGUCAGGUCGGAGUACGACUUCCUGUACGUCCCCGUCGAUUUCGGGACGAGGUUCAACAAGGGCUACGCUUUCGUGAACAUGACGACGGCGGCGGCGGCGCGGCGGCUCCACGCGCACCUCGACGGCCACCGUUGGGAAGCCGCGGGCUCCAAGAAGGUGUGCGACGUCGUGCACGCGCGCAUGGAGGGGCUGGACGGGCUCGUGGAGCACUUCUCAGGGUCGUGGUUCCCCUGUGACGGCCUCAAGGAGUUCCUGCCGGUGCGCUUCGAACCGCCGCGGGACGGCGUGCGUUGGACGGCUGAGCACGUGGUCGGGCACCUCCAGCCGCGCCGCCCCUGCUGAUGGAAGCCCUCCGCCGGCCAGUGUGUCUGGCUACUACCAACUACCAAUCAAUCUAAUCUUUCUUGCAUUCUAUCCUUGUCCAUGCCAUGGAUGGAUAGAACGGGAGAUAGAUUAUAUCGCCUCAUCAUUCCAUGUGUUCUACAAAGUGUGUCGUCCCUCCUGGAGGUAGUACUACUAGUAGUCGCAGAUGUGUUUAGUCAGUGUCCUAGAAGCACCCCCUUGUUGUAUGACAUGCCGGUGUACUAGAUCUGUCGUUGUUGUAUUAUGUCAUGUAAUGCAAAUUUCCAGCGAAUCAAAGAGGUCCUAAAUGCCUAUGCGUCUUAGUGUUAAAA